AUAACCGUGAAGGUGGAGAGCUAACCUUUGCAAAUCACCCACUGCAAGCUCCAUACAACUCCGGCGAGAAUCAGGUUUACACCACCGAUUCACGCCGAUGAACGUUUUGAGUGUUCCCUAAAACAUAAACGUCGGAGAAGGUGAGCGAGUGUCGAAAUUCAUUUCCAGCCUGAUUUGUCGUUCCAAGUCCUCGCUGCCAACGCCUUCUCUCUCUCUCUCUCUCUCUCUCUCUCUCUCUCUAUUGCUUACCUAACUCAGUCUCAAAAAGGAAGACUUGGGAACCAAAUUAAGCUUUCUAGAAGGUUUGGAUUUGCCGAGAAAUAUUGAAAACGGAACAAAAAGGAAUUUUAUUCAUUGAUUCUCAUAGAUUUGAUGGAAGGAGGGCAGACCGGUGGUGCUGCUGCUGCUGCUGGUGGCGGCAGUGGAGGUCCAGCUCCUUUCCUUAUGAACACUUAUGACAUGAUCGAUGACUCGUCGACCGACAAAAUCGUGUCAUGGAGUGAUAACAAGAACAACUUCGUUGUUUGGAACCCGUCCGAAUUCGCUGCUCGUCUUCUCCCCACCAAUUUCAAGCACAACAAUUUCUCUAGCUUCAUCAGGCAGCUCAACACCUAUGGAUUCCAGAAGAUUGACCCGAAGAAAUGGGAGUUUGCCUAUGAAGAUUUCGUGAAGGAUCAGAAGCAUCUUCUUAAGAACAUAUACCACAGGUAGCCUAUUCAUAGCCACAGUCAUCCUCAAGGUUCUGGAGGAGAUGCUGAAAGAGCGGCUCUUGAAGAAGAGAUUGAGAAGCAUACUUGGGAGAAGACUGCUCUUCAGGGCACUCUUUGGAGAUUCAGACAACAGCAAUAUGGGACGAAGGUUCAGUUGGAAGAUUUCCCUCAUUUCUUCUUCUAAAUCAUUGGGAUUUUUCUCCUUUCUUCGUUUUAAGUGAAGGGUCUUUUGGUCUCUUCACUUUAUUAUGGGGGUAUUUUUGAUAUAAAAAUGGUGAUGUCACCAGCUAACAGUU